AUGGCAUCAGCUUCGGGCGAUACCGAGCAGGGUGGCACUCAAGGCUCACGCGAUUUCCGUCGCAGUUCUCGCAUCUCACGGGCUUCCCUGAAGGAGGACUACAACCAGCUCGACGAAUAUGGAAAGCUUGUGAAGUAUGUUUCUACAUUUCAAGGGGCUGACCAAAAUGCUCUCGAGGACAGCGAGUUCGUAGAAAAACGCAUCUGGUAUGCUCCAUGGAAGAAACAUCGAAUCCGUAUUCGAAAGGUCGAACACGAAGCCGGCAAGUUCCCAGAAGACUGGCUUACCACCAACAUCCACGAGGGUCUUCCGUCGUCUGAAGUACCUCACCGUCGUCAACGCGCUGGGUGGAAUGAGCUUGUUUCUGAGAAAGAAAACCCGAUCGCCAAAGUCUUAUCCUACUUCCAAGGCCCGAUUCUCUAUGUAAUGGAGCUCGCUGCUUUGCUCGCGGCUGGGCUGGACGACUGGGUGGAUUUUGGUGUGAUCCUCGGUAUCUUGUGUCUUAAUGCUGCUGUGGGCUGGUAUCAGGAAAAGCAGGCUGCAGACGUCGUCGCCAGUCUCAAGGGCGACAUUGCCAUGCGAGCCAUCGUGAUUCGCGACGGCGCCGAACACGAAAUACUAGCGCGUGAACUGGUCCCGGGUGAUGUGAUCAUCGUCGGAGAUGGUCAAGUCGUGCCGGCGGAUGCGAAGGUCAUUUGCGACGUUAAUGAUCCUCAUGGCUGGGAGGAGUUCAUCCAGUUGCAGGAACAGGACGAAUCCUCCCAGGCUGGUGGUGGUUCCAACGAAGGUGCAAGUGAAACACCCAAGCCCCAAGCCUCAGCAACAAAGCCCCGUCGGCGUGGAUACCCCAUUCUUGCAUGCGAUCACUCUGCCAUUACUGGAGAGUCACUCGCCGUGGACCGCUACAUGGGCGAUAUGAUUUUCUACACCACUGGUUGCAAGCGCGGCAAGGCCUACGCUGUAGUUCAGACGGGCGCGAAGACUUCUUUCGUCGGCCGUACUGCUAGUAUGGUUCAAGCGGCUAAAGGAGCCGGCCAUUUCGAACAGGUCAUGAGUAAGAUCGGAACUUACUUGCUGAUCUUGGUCAUGGCAUGGAUCCUUGCUGCGUGGAUCGGUGCUUUCUUCCGUGGUCGACCUAUCGCUUCUCCUGGACAGCAAACACUACUUCACUACACUUUGUCUUUGUUGAUCGUUGGAGUUCCUGUCGGCCUGCCAGUUGUUACCACGACUACAAUGGCUGUUGGAGCAGCAUAUCUGGCUAAGAAAAAGGCUAUCGUCCAGAAGCUUACUGCUAUCGAGUCCCUAGCUGGUGUUGAUAUCCUUUGCUCCGACAAGACUGGAACUCUUACUGCAAACAAGCUCAGCAUUCAAACACCCUUCGUUUCCGAAGGGGUUGACGUGGAUUGGAUGUUUGCCGUUGCGGUCCUCGCUUCCUCUCAUAACAUCGAUUCUCUCGACGCUAUUGACAAAGUGACCAUUCUUUCUCUUCGGCAGUUUCCGAAAGCAAGGGAAAUCCUGCGUCGUGGCUGGGUCACUGAGAAAUACACCCCGUUUGAUCCGGUUUCUAAGCGCAUUGUCACAGUGGCUAGGUGCGAUGGGGUUCGAUACACUUGCACGAAAGGUGCCCCAAAAGCGGUUCUUGGGCUCACAAAUUGCUCCAAAGAGCUAGCUGAUGUGUAUAAGAACAAGGCCACGGAGUUUGCUCACCGCGGUUUCCGCUCACUCGGAGUAGCUGUUCAAAAGGAAGGCGAAGACUGGCAGCUUCUGGGUAUGCUGCCGCUAUUUGACCCCCCUCGUGAAGAUACCGCGCAGACUAUUCGUGAAGCACAAAACCUUGGUAUUAGUGUCAAGAUGCUUACUGGUGAUGCUAUUGCUAUCGCGAAGGAAACCUGUAAGAUGCUCGCGCUUGGAACAAAAGUCUACACGUCGGAAAAAAUCAUCCAUGGAGGCCUAAGUGGCUCUAUGGCAAAUGAUCUGGUUGAAAAAGCCGACGGUUUUGCUGAGGUUUUCCCAGAGCACAAAUACCAAGUUGUGGAGCUUCUUCAAGAGCGCGGCCAUCUGACUGCAAUGACGGGAGAUGGAGUGAAUGACGCACCAUCUCUGAAAAAAGCAGACUGCGGCAUCGCUGUCGAGGGAGCAUCGGAAGCCGCACAGACUGCAUCUGAUAUUGUGUUUUUGGAUCCUGGCCUGUCGACAAUCAUCGACUCCAUUAAGGUUGCUCGCCAGAUCUUUCAUCGCAUGAAAGCGUACAUCCAAUACCGUAUAGCUCUCUGUCUGCAUCUUGAGAUCUAUCUGGUUACGUCGAUGAUUAUUCUCAACGAAAGCAUUCGUGUGGAAUUGAUCGUCUUCCUCGCCUUAUUCGCCGAUCUUGCAACAGUUGCUGUGGCUUACGACCGUGCAUCCUACGAGCUGCGCCCUGUGCAGUGGCAGCUUCCGAAAAUCUGGGUCAUCUCGGUGCUUCUGGGUAUUCUCCUUGCAAUGGGUACUUGGGUGGUUCGAGGCUCUAUGUUCCUCCCUCACGGAGGAAUCAUUCAGAAUUGGGGUUCCAUUCAAGAAGUCCUCUUUUUGGAAGUAGCGCUCACGGAGAACUGGCUUAUUUUUGUCACUCGCGGUAUUGAUACCCUCCCGUCACUUCAACUUGUUGGGGCUAUUCUGGGUGUGGACGCCCUGGCGACAAUCUUCUGUUUGUUCGGUUGGUUUACCAAUCAAGACAUGAAGAGUACUCCCGCAGAUAAAUACAAGGAAACUACAAACGGCAAUACCGACAUCGUCACGGUUGUUCGCAUCUGGGGCUACUCACUCGGUGUCUCCAUCGUCAUCGCGCUUGUUUAUUUCACGCUCAACCGCCUCGCCUGGCUGGAUGACCUCGGUCGUAAACGACACACCAAGGGCGACAAGCAAAUCGAAAACAUUCUCGGUCACCUGUCUCGACUGACCAUCCAGUACGAGGAAGCACCUGGCAAGGUGAUUGGCCAUUACAUGAUUUCGACGAGCAAGGAGGAUGAGGAAAUGGAGUAG